AUGUUACGAGCGAGGGUCUUCUACCAUCGAUACCGCAAGACUUAUGUCUUGAUCGACCUUGAGAAUGUGGCUAUUCCGUCGUCUUUCGCAAAUGCUACCGUCUUCGUCGAUACAAUCAAACUAGUACUCAGGCUGAGGUAUGGGUACGAGGGGGAGAUCGAGAUUAGAGUCUAUCUAGCGGGUAACGCCGGCGACAAACAUGCCUCUGUUAAUCAUUUGAGCAUCAUGCUCCUCGAGAAAGCUGGGGUUAAGAUCUUCUACGCUGGGCACAAUGGAGAAAAUGCUGCCGACGAGAUAAUGUAUGGAGAUUGCCUAGAUCUCGUUGCUGCCAUUCGAUCGGGUCUGGCACCCGUCAAUUUCUGCCUUCUCACAGGUGACUGGUUCUUCACAACACUGAUUCGAUACCUGAGACAACUUGAUCUAACAACCUUGUUGGUUCACCCACCUAAGACACGAUCUGAACUUCUCGACACCGUUCCUUACCACAGGCUAAUCAGUUCCGAUUUCCUUAACCCAGACCCCCCAACUCCAUUCAUAUUGCGUGAAACUUGGGAAUGGACAAGAACUCUGAUCCUCGAGGGCACCUCCUCCCAACCUCCUCCCAAAAAAAACCUAACACCCCCAUCACCACCAAGUUUGCUUCCCCCACCUCCUCAGGAUUCCCCCUUUCCUCCAAAAUUCCCAGAAAUCCCAGAAAUGCCAAAAACAACACCAAAAACACCCAAAAGAACGCCUGAAGAGUCACAAAGAGGAGAGGCAUUACAAGUCUAG